GAUCUUAAGAAAAGAUGCUACUGCUGUACGUGAUUACUGUAUUGAUAAUGGUCUCCAUGUCACUCGGAUGUUCAUGUGCGAAAACAUCGCUUCAUCAGUAUGUAUGUGAUUCGGAAUUUAUUAUAAGAGGAAGCAUCAGAUCAGUACCUGGCCCCCAAUCAAACACUGAUGUGUACUACAAUGUGACAAUUUUGGAUAUUUUUAAGCAACCCUCGUAUGCUUUGUCGAAAGGUAAAGAAGUCAAAAUCUGGACUCCAGGAAAUGAUGGGGUAUGUCGGGCGCCCUUUAGUCACGGAGAGGAUUACUACAUUGGAGGUAGUAUCGAAAGAGGAACUGGUAAACUAAGGACUCAUUUGUGUAAUUUCCGGAGCAGGACGUUAACAUUAAAAGAAUGCCAGAAAAGAAUGAUUGCGGGAAAUGUAUUUGACUGCAGUUGUAAGACACCUGAAUGCUUUCAAGAUUGUUGAAGAUGAUGACUUUUUGUAAGAUAAACUGUUACUGAGCUGCUAUUUUUUUUAAUUAUGUAACCUGCGCAAGAACGUGUAAUAAGGACGCUUCCAAUAGAUAAUGUGUGAACAAAGACAU